AUGAGAGGAGACCAGGGCAACUUGCUGCCACCAGAUGGCAGGCUGGUCCUCAUGAUCGGGUCCAGCCCAGUGUUGUCCCAGCCCAGGUCCCGGGUCAGGCACAGGGACACACCCCGGGGGCGGAGCCACCUCCUCGGGGCCAGCUCAGGCCAGCAGCUCCCGCUUCUGCUCAUCCGUCCCCUGGACCGACAUGGCCCUGGAGCCCGAGCACGUCCAGCGGCUUCUGCUGUCCUCCCGCGAGGCCAAGAAGUCAGCCUACUGUCCCUACAGCCACUUCCCUGUGGGGGCCGCUCUGCUCACCCGCGAUGGGAGGGUCUUCUCUGUGACCUGCAAGAUGACUUCAUCUCACCAUGUGGAGGCUGCAGGCAAGUCAUGAGAGAGUUUGGCAGUGACUGGGCCGUGUACAUGACCAAGCCGGAUGGUACCUAUGUUGUCAGGACAGUUCAGGAGCUGCUGCCAGCCUCUUUUGGGCCAGAAGACCUGCAGAAGACCCACUGAUGGAUGGCCAGAGAACACCCACUGCCCUGGAGAGCCUGGGUUCUCCCAAGGCCUGGAAGAGAUAGCCCUCAGAAACACCAUAAAGCCUGGGGUCAUCUGACAAAUGCAAUUCAACCCU